AUGGCGGGAAUAUUUAGUGUGAUAACGUCACUUCGUGACCAGUUGAGCGAGGAAAGAGAUGAGAUUGCUGACGUGACAGUGGACAAACUCUACCCCCAUAUUCCAAGACUUGUGAAAUAUGCCGAUCACAGCAAUACUCUUCCAUGGACUCAGGAAGCCCAAGGGGUGCUUAUGUUUGCAGAUAUAUCAGGAUUUACGGCCUUGUGUGAGAAGUACAGCUCUCUGUCCACGGCAGGCAUUGAUAAUUUGACCACUACACUAAAUGGGUACCUAGAAUCCCUUGUUGAGCAGAUAUUGGCAUCUGAGGGGGACGUGCUCAAGUUUGCCGGGGAUGCCAUUUUGGCGUUUUGGCCGACAUCUCAUAACGACGCUACUGAAGUUAUACAAAACGUCAUCAGAUGUUGUCUGGACAUUCAGGAGAGGUGUGGGGACUAUGAAACGAAUAUCGGUGUGACUCUCUCUGUUAAAAUGGGAAUCGCAUUCGGGGACAUUACCUUCAGCUUUGUUGGCAAUGACGAGUUUCGGCAUUAUGUUGAAUCUGGCUCAGCAGUUGAUGACGUCAGAAUGGCGCAGGCGUUAUGUGACCCUCAUCAGGUUGUCAUGUCACCACGUGCUUGGAAUCAGUGUGAUCAUCGAAAAUUCCGAUUUGUACGUCUGUCCCAUGGGAAACAUGUCAGAGUGUUGUCGAUGAAGGAAGAGAUGGAGACAUCGAAGUAUUCCAUGAAAAAGCCGUCAUUGGACAAUACUUUCAUAACUGAAGAUUCUGUACUGGCAUCAGGUGCACUAACGAUGGCUGAAACUGGUGUAUCUCAGCAGACAGAAGUGGGAGCAAAAAAAGGAAUUAGAAGAUAUAACGCUCUGAGAAAAUUUCAGCGAGCAGUAAGUGUACUUGGGCACAUUUCAAAGAAUCUCCGAUUCUAUGUUCCGUCACCUGUGCUCAGGAAGCUAGACGAUGACCAACCCCUGGAGUACCUAUCCGAGAUGAGAUCGAUCAGUGUAGUGUUUGUCAACUUGACAUUGUGUGACUACUCCAACAUCACCGAGCUGAUGCAGACUUUGUUCCAGACAAUCUGCCAACACGUACACACCAUGCAAGGUUGUCUCAAUAAGAUAUUCUUGUUUGAUAAGGGUUGUUCUUUCUUGGUUAUAUUUGGUCUCCCCGGUAAUAAACAGGAGCACGACCGUGACCACGCCCUCCAGUGUGCUGUGGUGAUAGCUGAAGAUCUGGCUAAAGAGGACAGAGUUAGUGAAACUUCUAUAGGAGUGACAACAGGGACUGCCUUCUGUGGGGUUGUGGGCCACAGAGAACGACAUGAAUACUCAGGUCGAAAGGUAGAAUUGGACGUUUUCUCUGAGAUACUCCAAAAGCAGACAUCUGUAGACAAUAAACUACCGCAGACAGAAACAUUGGUGAUAGAGGCGGAUUCGGGGAUGGGCAAAACUCGCCUUCUAGACGCCAUGACGUCGAGGGCAAUGGCAGCAGGUUUCAGGUAUGUUAUCAUGCUAAUGUCCACUACCAGGUUAGAAUGGCUGGAGGGUCAGGUGAAGGAGAAGGGUGUUUUUAUUGCAAGAUUCUAA